UCCAUGAACUUUACCUUUAUCAGCUUUUUCUAUCUCCAUACUCUGCCUGUAGAAAAACUGAAUUCCUUCUUUUCAACAAUAGGGCGUUUCUAUCUUAUCCAUUCUUGACUUAUUUGCUUUUACAGAAGAGCAUCAAUUUUCUGUUAAUGGCUUCUACUUCGACUUCUGGUCGAGGAAAACAGCCACGCGAUCCAUUUUUGGUGCUUGAACCUCCCAACAAAAAGAUAAAAUCUUCCUUGACUGCAAAGCAGUUCGAUGUAUUCAUCAACCAUCGAGGCCCAGACAGCAAAACAACUUUGGCUCAGCAGCUCUACGAUUCUCUACAGGAAGCUGGGAUCCGGGCAUAUCUAGAUGCUCCAGAGACUGAACUGGGAGAUCCAAUUUCUUCUGCCAUUAGAAAUGCCAUAUCCUCUGCCGCAGUGCACAUAGCCAUCUUAUCACCGCAAUAUGCAGAGUCUCCUUGGUGCUUAGCUGAGCUUGCUUUGAUGUUCCAAACCAAGGCUAGAAUUAUUCCCCUCUUUUACGAUGUUCAGCCAUCAGACUUCCGCUACAUCAAAAAUGGAGUUGCGGAAGCAUUUUCCAAACACGAAGAGAAGGGCAGAUAUCCUACUCAUGACAUUCAACAGUGGAAAGAAUGCCUGCAGAAUGUUUCAAGCAUCAAGGGCUACGAAUUCCGCCAACAGAAUGAUGAUCUGAGUAAGCAGUGUAAUGACGUUUUGUCCGCCGUGGUUAAGGAGAAGCAAAAGAGAAAAAUUCCUUUUCAAGUUGCAAAAUAUGAGGUGGGACUUGAUGAAAUUGUGAAAGAUUUCUACAGUCAUUGUCAGAGAAAAGGGCAGAUGAGAGAUAAAAUAAUUGGCAUCUUUGGUAUGGGAGCGUCUGGCAAGACCACUCUCGCCAAAUAUUUGUUCAAUAGCAAACAUUCAGAAUUUAGUGCAUCAACUAUUCUAUUUGAUGUGCGGGAAAACCAUAUGAAAGGUCAGAUGGCUUCUUUACAAACUAAGCUUCUCAAAGAUCUGUUUCCUGGGAAUCAUCCUUCCUUUUCUAGUAUAGAAGAAGGAACCGCCUAUAUCAAGCAUGACCUUAAAGGGAACCAAGAAUCAAGUUUCCUCGUAAUUUUAGAUGAUGUUGAUCAUCUGAAACAGUUAGAUGCCCUGUUACCGAUAAAUGCCCUGAAUCCCAACAGUUUAGUGAUUGUCACAACCCGUGACAAGAGGCUUCUUAUAGAGUUCAGAGUGACAGUCCGUUAUAAGAUGAAAGUGAUGAAUCCAGAGCAUAGCAGAGAGCUCUUCUGUUGGCACGCGUUCCAUAGGCAAUCUUGUAAAAGUGGAUUUGAGAAUUUGGUAGACAGUUUUGUCAAAGCGUGUGGAGGUUUACCUCUUGCUCUCCAAGUAAUGGGCGGGCAUGUUUUUGGAAGUGGCAUGACUUAUUGGAAGUCACAACUAGAUGAGGUUAAAGCGAGGCUUGACAAAGACAUAAAAGAGACGCUUAAAAUAAGUUAUGAUGUUCUGGAGGAGGAUCAAAAACAGAUAUUUAUGGAUAUAGCAUGCUUUUUCAUAGGGGAAAAUGUGAACAGGGCCAUAAGAAUAUGGAAGGCUUCAGGGUGGAGAGCCGAACAUGCACUUCAGACCCUCAAAGACAAGUGCCUCGUUGAAGUGGAAGAUAAGGUUUGCUGUAAAAGAUGCCAUUAUGAGCCAACAUUUUUGUUGAAAAUGCAUGACCACGUCCGUGACCUGGGGAGGGAAAUAUCAGAUAAAGAAAAGAGCCAGCCAACAGAUAAUGAAAUAAGCCGUCCUCGACGGUUGUGGCGUCCUGAAGAUCGUAUUGGAAUAGGAGAAAUCGAGAGAUUCCAAGACACCCUCACUGGGUCCGAAGGAAAAAGUUUCAGAUGUUUCAUUGCUCCGAAUUUUUUUCAUAUGAGAUAUUUUCGGGGGAGUUCAAAGACAUCAAUUGAUCUUCAAGUUGGCCCUCAUGGAUUUCAUCCUUCUAUUUCUUUACAAAAUUUGCAUAGUUUAAGUCUUAACAGAGUAUCACUGGCGAGAUUGUGGCAAACAGAUGACCAGGUUCUACCCAAUUUGAAAGAGCUAUCUUGCAGUUUUGAGAACGAUAUGUUGAUAAGCGAUUUAAACAAACUGGUGAGCUCGUUUGGAAUGUUCAAAAAUCUGGAAAGUCUGCACAUAGAAUUUGGAUUUAAGUUCUUAGAAAGGAAUAUUGAAUGGAAUUGCUUGCUAAAAUCUCUAAGAGAACUCGCUAAUCUGCAAACUUUAAGGUUGGAAUUGUCUAAGGUAGAAGGGGAAUUUUCCUUAAGCAACAGGGGAAAGUCAAUUGAUGAUCGGUUUCGUAUGAGAAGCCUUGAAGCCAUAAUUGUGUGUGUUGUAUUGAAAACAACGAAGGUCUCCAUUAGUGGACAGUUCUGUCCUACCCUUAAAUCUCUUAAGCUUUGUUCUAUGAAAGAUCUGAUUGAAGUGGAUUUGACAAGGGUAACCACACUGGAGUGUCUGACACUGUUGAAAUGUGGACAUUUGAGAAAAGUAUUGUGUAAUGAUCUCCUCAAACUUGAAAUAUUCCACCUAAAAUUAUGCUGGAAUAUGAGAAAGUUGCCAAGUUUUGGGCGUGUCAGUUGUCUCAAGAGGAUCUAUAUUAGUCGCUGUCGGAACCUGCAGGAUAUAUCAGCUAUUGAAAUAUUGAAGGGGUUGAAAAGGAUCUGGAUUGCUUAUAGUCCAGAGCUGAAGAGUAUAAAAGCUAUUGAACAAUUGAAGGGAUUAAAUAGAAUAUGGAUUCAGGACUGUCCACAGCUGCAGGGUGUAAUUUCUUUCACAGAAUUAAAGAAGUUGAAAAGAAUCUUCCUUGGGAAUUGUGCAAGUCUGCAGAAUAUUGAAGGCAUUGAAUGUUUAAUACAUCUGGAGAGCAUUAUAAUUGCUGAAUGUCCGAAGCUGAAGAAUGUCAGAGGCAUUGAAGAAUUGGAAGGACUAAAAGAGAUGAUUAUUUCAGAGAGUCCUAUAAUCAGUUGCAUUGAAAGGUUGCAGCUAGAGCACUGUGAUUUCAGAGAUUGCCCUCGGAGCUUACAACUAUGGUGGGGAUAUCGUCCCUGUCAUAUUUUAAAGCAGAUAAAAUUGGCAAGACAUUGUCUAUGGUGGAUGCUUUCUGUGAAAUCGAAUGUGCUGAACAAGUAGAGGAGAUGAUCCAUUCAUUUCAUAAAACCCAUCAUUCGCUGAGUACAUUCAUCUUUUGCGCUGUGGUUUGGGGUGUUAUGAGAUAGGGGGCGACAUUUUGAAUGGGACCAGGAGUGUGCUUAGGAAUCAUCGCCUAAGACAUAUAAAUCUAUUUAGGGGUGGUGCAUAUUGGAUAUGUAUGUGCGUGGUUAAUGAAGAAAGUUUCUCAAAAUAUGACUCCUGGAUGCCACCCUGUUCUGGUAUAAAGAAGGCGUUUUUAAUGGGAGUGAAGGGAGGUGAAGAAAGGAAAACCCUCCACAUAUUGCAAAGCUUAUUUGCUCAACUAUCCCUUCAGAUCGACGUAUAUUCUGAAGAAGAUCUACUGCACUUUAGGCAAGUUAACUCUCUCGACUUUUCGACUGGUAUUGGCGUGUCAAGGGUUGAUAAUGUUUUUGAUUAUGAUGAUGUCGCUGACUCUCAUGAUUUUAAGGAGAGCGCGAGUGAGAGUGACUAUGAUGAUGAUGAAGAAUAUAAUGGUGGUGACGAUGAUGAUGUAAGUGAGUUUUAAUUGAAAAAUCUUUGUUGCAUCACAUUCAAUAUAUAGUGAUUUUUUUGUU